AACUAAUAGCUACUCAGGGUCAUGUAAUUUAAAUGUAUUUGAAUAUUAACGGUCACACAGGUCCCCUAGUAGAAAGAAGUAUACUUAAAAUACAACAUUGGAACCCCUGGUGGCAAAUGGCGGAACUACGCAAAACUGUCAGAUUGGGAUCAGCUGCUGUCAUGAGAAAACAACAAGCGUUGUCCAGCCAAAAAGGUAUAAAAGGAGACGCAUUUCACACAAUCGGGAUCAGUCUUCUGUUGAUGGCUGGUAAGUCAAGUGUGAUUGGGAGGAAGAAAAGGCGCGCAACCUCGGUUGAAUUGAGUCUUAACAUUAAAUUGACAAUACCCAAACUAAUCAGUGUCCUAAUAUAAGCCCAUACUUCAAAGACCAUCGCAAUUCUCAAAAUUUCAACAUCACGAUGGAGCAAGAUAGCCCCAACACGAAAAAAUUCAAACGGGCGAAGGAGAAAUUUCGAGCUCAUCUGGAACAAGUCGAGGCUCAAAGGCGAAGGACAAUAUUUUUAGACGAAGGUCCUAGUACCAGCCGAAAGAGGAGAACAAAUCAAUACCGUAAGCCCAAUCCAAGAAAGGGUAGCAGUCAAUCCUCAUCGCCCCAGCACCAAAUAUUUUACCGAAUGUGCAGCACAACCCCGAAUGACGUUCCACAGCAAAAGUGUAACACGACCGAAAACAACAGCGACGAUAUCGAUGAAACUGACUCUUUGAACGAGGAAACCCAGCCUAGUAGUGACGUCCCGCGUACACCAACCUACGCCCCGUGUUUUGGUUCGCCAAAUAGCUUUAAGCCGGCUUCCGAUGUGCUCUCAACACCCACUUCAAGGUGCUCAGAAAUGCCUGCUACACCGGGUAAAGAAUGGUGUCGUGACUCAGAUGACGCAUCAACUCUUCCUCGGCCCAAUAUGGAGGAGUCGGAUGAAUCUCAAUCAAAUUUCGAAAUGGAGGAAGAAUGUCGGCGUAUGUUUUACGGUUACUUAGAAACCUCAGUGACUCGGCGAGCACAGUCACCCUUAUCCUCGAAUAAUUCCUCGCUGGAUGAGUCGGAUAACGAAGAUCAACGUUCCUCGUCUCCGCCAAAAAGGUAUGGUCUGGGAUUUGUCCGUCAGAAAGAUAGCCAAUACAAAUAUCUCGGAUUUCGCUGUUAUGAGAGAACAGUUACUGUGCAGCUUUUGGUCCCCGACUCCGGGGAAAAUCCAAUAUAUGAAAUAACCAACCCACCGCCGGAUAAUCAUCGUACGCCCUCACCCACACCCGCGAUAGGGGAAGAGAUCAACACCGAAGAUAUCCAUUCAAUAUCCAACACCUCACACAAACAUGAGGAGGUUCCUACUUCAUCCUCACAUGCUUUCGCACAUUUAGAAGAAGACUCCAGAUCGACCGCAAGUAGUUUUGUGACAGUUUCCGAAGAUCCUAGUUCUGAGUGGUGGACCCAAUGGCAGACGCUGGUUGGUGUUCCUCCAUCAUCACCGCUAUAUAACAUAACCGAACAAGCAAAUCUGUUGCAUAGUGAUGACGUACAAAUUCCAUCGCAAUCCAAUGCUGCCGUCAUAUCGGACGAUCACAGGUCCCCCAACGUGAAGGAAGAUAAAUCAUUACCAGGAACGCCGGGAUACGUUGUCGAACUGUCAUCACCAUCGAUAUCUUCCCGAUCGUCAUCCUCAUCCUCAUCAGCCUCGUCGUCUUUAUCGUCAUCCUCAUCCUCAUCAGCCUCGCCGUCUCGCCUCGACAGACAAUCCCGUGAACGAUAA